AGAGCAAGCUGCUAAAUGCAACUAUAAUCACUCAACUAAGCACUGUCAAAAUCUAAUAAUGGCGAAUGAAGUACAAUGCCCAAUAUGUGGACAAAUGAUUGACAGCACGAAGAUCAAUGCUCACAUCGAUGCUAAUUGUCCCCCCGUCCACACUGCAAGCGCUACUAUUACAAAUACAGAUUCAGAAUCUAAUUCGCAAGUGACAGCAACCUCGUCAAAGAUAGCUCCUUUAUUUAGGACAGCUACGUCUUCCCCUGUUCGCUCGACUACAACAGUAAAUAACAGUAAUAAUGACAAUAUUACUACGGCCGAUACUACCACUUCUACACAUCAUGGUUCCAAGUCUCCCACUCGAAUGGCUCCUUUAUUUGCACCUAGAAAUCGAGUACAAAACCAUAAGAGUUAUCAAGUCUCAAUGCUAAGCGACGGCGACAGUUCUACUACAUCUUUAAAAAGAACAAGCACUUCCGCCUCGAAUGAUCAGACUUUGGCAGUUCCUCUAAAAAAAAAGAAAAAGUUGGAUCCUACUUACGAAGCCAUGCCAUUAGCCGCUAAAGUACGCCCCAUGCGAUUGGAUGAAUUUGUAGGUCAAGAAGAACUCUUGGGCUCUGAAGGUAUUCUGAGAAAAUUGAUUGAUAGUGAUUGCAUCCCAUCUAUGGUUCUUUGGGGACCACCAGGCUGUGGAAAGACUACCAUUGCUCGCAUCAUCUCGAAAAUGUCCAAAAGUCGAUUUAUAGAGCUUAGUGCGACUUCUCACGGCGCUGCUGAUGUGAAAAAAUCUUUUGAUGAAGCGAGAGGUCAUCUGAAGUUAACAGGGCAGAAAACAAUCAUUUUUAUUGACGAAAUACAUCGAUUUACGAAAGCACAACAGGACCUUUUUCUACCCUAUGUCGAGCAAGGUACAAUUCAUCUAAUAGGUGCCACGACAGAAAACCCAAGCUUUAAGGUCAAUUCGGCACUAUUAUCACGGUGUAAAGUAUUUGUAAUGAAAAGAUUAGAUCAAAGUCAAAUUCAACUUAUAUUAACAAGAGCAAUAAGAAAGUGGCGAAAGGAUUCUCCAGCUGAUGAUGACACUAUUGCGAAGGAGAACGAAAAUGAAGACGCUACUACUGCUCCCGAUACCGAUCCAGAUAAUGAAGCAAUAACACAAUUGGCUGUCUAUAGUGAUGGAGAUGCUCGAACAGCUUUAAAUACAUUAGAAAUAGCACUCAGCUUAUUACCAUCUAGAGCGCACCCAUUAACCAUUGACACAGUGAAGGGCGCAUUUCAAAAGACACAUUUGCUCUAUGAUCGGAAUGGGGAUCAGCACUAUGACAUUAUAAGUGCAUUACACAAGAGUAUCCGUGGAAGCGAUGCAAACGCAGCACUGUACUGGCUCGGUAGAAUGUUAGAAGCAGGUGAAGACCCACUUUAUAUUGCUCGAAGAUUAGUAAGAUGCGCAAGUGAAGAUAUUGGAUUAGCAGACAACUCUGCCUUACCACUGGCCAUGGCUGCGUAUCAUGCUUGUGAAAAAAUCGGGAUGCCAGAAUGUGAUACUAUUCUGGCUCACUUGGUUGUUCAUCUUGCUGAAACCAAAAAGAGUGUUCGAAGUUACAAAGCAUAUAAACUGGUCAAACAGACCAUCAAAGAAAAGCCUGCUUAUCCAGUACCAAUGCAUAUUCGAAAUGCCCCAACAAGAUUAAUGAAGAACUUGGGCUAUGGCGAAGGCUAUAAAUAUAACCCUGACUAUGCUGAACCAGUCGAUCAAAAAUAUCUGCCAGAUGAAUUACAAAAUUACAAAUUCUUACAAGAUGAAUAAAAGAAGUUGUCACUGCUCCUCCUGCUGCUGUGUGGCAAUCUUUUUAAUUUCUGCUAUACGCUGCUGCAACGUUCCUACAGCAUCCGUCCAUACUUCCAAUUCUUUUUGUUCACUCAUAAUGGAUGUCUUGAAAGGAAUUGUUUUGUUUGGUGUGGACGAUGUCAUACUAGCUUCUUUGGCAAGGUAGUUUGUGUGGCUUCUUAAUGAAAAUUGAAUAUCCUAAUACAACACAACGAGACGUAAAUAAGUAAACGUAAAGCAACAAAUUCAGUUUCAUCCUAUCUACCUAUCUGUAUAAUAUACGUACAUUGACAAGCGAAAAAUAUUUCGAAGCUAGAUCGCGAAAGGCUAGAGUGCGUUCUCUAAUAAACUGAUCUGUAUCUUUGUCUUUCGAGGCUUCUUCACAUAAUAUGGAAAUAGCUUCUGACGCCGUUUCGAUCAAUAACACUAGUUUCUAAAGCUUGCG